UUUCCCGGAAUUCCCAGAGCACCAGGAGCGGCUGCUGAGCUCGGAGCUGGAGGCGCUGCCGGCGCUGCUGCUCCCGCUCGCCGGCCACGAGGAAUUGUCCCCGCGAGAGACGGAGCAGCUUCCCGUGGAUUUGCAGUUCCUGCCCCCGGAGCAUCGCCGCGAGGAGGACCCGGAGAUCCGGAAAAUGAUCCUGGAGACGCUGAUGUUGCUCUCGGCCACCAAAUCGGGGCGGUCCCACCUGAGGUCCAACGGUUCCUACCUGGUUCUCCGCGAGCUCCACCAGCAGGAGAAGAACCCCGAGGUCCUCAGCGCCUGCCAGAAGCUCAUCGAGGUGUUGAUCGCGGACGAGCCCGAGGUGGGAAUGGAGAACCUCCUGGAGGUGACAAUUCCAGAGGAGCUGCAGAGGAGGUUCCAGCAGGAGGAUGAGGAGGAGGAAGAGCGGAGGAGGAAGCAACGGGAAGAGGAGGAGACGUCGAGGUGACGUCGGAACGGCGCCGGAGGAGACCCUGGGGCCACCAAGGGCCACCACGGGGACAAUGGGGUGGUCCUGAAGGUCCUUCAUGGGGACAACGGGGUGUCCUUGGGGACCCUGGGGCCACCAAGGGCCACCACGGGGACAAUGGGGUGUCCUUGGGGACCAUGGGGCCACCAAAAGCCACCAUGGUGACAGUGGGGUGUCCUUGGGGACCAUGGGGCCACCAAGAGCCACCACGGGGACAAUGGGGUGGUCCUGAAGGUCCUUCAUGGGGACAAUGGGGCGUCCUUGGGGACCCUGGGGCCACCAAAAGCCACCACGGGGACAAUGGGUUGGUCCUGAAGGUUGUUCAUGGUGACUUCAAGGUUGUUCAUGGAGACCUAAAGGUCCUUCAUGGUGACAAUGAGAUGUCCCCGAGAAUUCUUCAUGGUGA